UCAUCCUCUCAAGCUUUCAAACCGGAAUCCAUGGCGGCCAUUUCAAUCUUCUUCUAUUUCUUACUUUUUUCCUUCUCCGUAGCAGCCACCGGUCGCGGUGGUGGAAAUGGCUUCACCACCUCUAUAAUCCACCGUGAUUCCCUUCUCUCUCCUCUCCACAACCCAUCUGUCUCCCACUACGAACGGCUUACCGGUGCCUUCAACCGCUCUUUCUCCCGUUCCACCACCCUCACCAAUCGGGCCGCCACCGUCUCUACUGGCGGCGUUCAUUCUCCGCUCAUACCUGACAGCGGCGAGUUCUUAAUUUCCCUCUCUAUUGGAACCCCGCCGGUGGAUUUCACCGCCAUCGCCGACACUGGCAGUGACCUGACGUGGACACAGUGUUUGCCAUGUGUCAAAUGCUUCAACCAAUCAAGUCCCAUUUUUAAUCCACAUCGAUCAUCCUCUUAUAGCAACGUGUCUUGCACGUCUGAUACUUGCAACUCCAUCGUCAGCCACCGUUGUGGUCCCGACCUCAAAACCUGCACCUAUGGCUACAGCUACGGAGACCAAUCCUUCACGUAUGGUGACCUGGCAUAUGAGAAAAUUACCAUUGGGUCCUUCAAACUCAACAAGGUAGUCAUUGGAUGCGGCCACGAAAAUGGCGGCACUUUCCUCGGAGAGACCUCGGGGAUCGUCGGACUCGGCGGCGGCCCUCUCUCUUUGGUUUCACAACUGAACACAAUUGCCGCCGUCAAACGGCAGUUCUCGUAUUGCUUGCCGACAUUCUUCAGUGACGGGAAUAUCACAGGCAAAAUAAGCUUCGGUGAAGAAGCUGCCGUGUCGGGGCGAAAAGUCGUUUCUACCCCUCUCGUGCAGAAACAUCCCUACACAUACUAUUUCUUGACUCUUGAAGCGGUCUCGGUUGCUAACAAGCGAUUUGAGGUUGCAAACAACAUGUCGUCUGCAGUAGUAGAAGGGAAUAUCAUUAUUGAUUCCGGUACGACAUUGACACUUUUGCCCCCGAAUUUGUACGACGGUAUCGUUUCGACUUUGGCGAGGGUUGUAAAAGCGAAGCGGGUGAAUGAUCCAUCUGGGAUUUUGGAACUCUGCUAUGGUGUGAGCAGCAUUGACGACUUGAAUAUUCCGAUCAUCACGGCACAUUUUGCUGGUGGCGCCGCUGUGGAAUUGCAACCGGAGAAUACGUUUGCUUUGGUAAAUGAAGAUGUGGCUUGUUUGACUUUGGCACCGGCGAAGAAAUUUGCCAUUUUUGGGAACUUGGCGCAGGUUAACUUUUUAGUCGGAUAUGAUCUGGAGCAGAAGACAGUGUCGUUUAAACGUACUGUUUGUGGUUAGAGGAUAGAUGUCGUUUCACCGCCGCCUUUAUUCAAGUAGGGUUCAUAUCACCCUAACAAUUCCAACCAUACAGCUUAAUACAAAUAAUAAUAAUAUUUUCACAA